AUGCCUACCCUCGGCUUUCUCAAGAAAAAACGGACGAGGGAGGGCAAUCAAGACUCUCAGGGCGCCAGCUUACCCACCAGCCCAGUGACGCCUACCUCUUCGAAGCCCUUCGACAGUUCCAUCUCGACCACUCUUUCCUCCCUGUCCUCCAACGGCCAGGGACAGAAGCAGGAGGAUUCGGCCUCUUUCGAGGCCGCAAAACACCAGCAGAUGUAUCCCGUCACCGUCCAUCCGCCUAAUCAAUCGGCACCCCACCAGCCUCACUACAACAACAACCAAGCCGACCAGCAGAACCUCCCGAGCAUCAGUAACCUCAUCAACCCGCCCCAGCAUGACGGUGCCGCCAACAACGGCCAAUACCUAGCGCAACCGCAAGCCCCUCAACCCAAUCCCAGCCCCGGUACCGAUCCCUCGCGCCUCCAACAACAGCAGCAGCAAUCGAUGCUACACGCUCCUCAACAGCAGCAAAGCAUGCAGCAGCAGCAACAGCAGCAGCAGGCAGCUGCAGACGCGGUCCGACAGACCAAGGGGAAAUACACGCUGCAAGACUUUGAUAUUCUGCGGACGCUUGGAACGGGUAGUUUCGGAAGAGUGCACCUUGUGCAAUCCAAGCACAACCAGCGCUUCUAUGCCGUCAAGGUGUUGAAGAAGGCGCAGGUCGUCAAGAUGAAGCAGGUCGAACAUACCAACGACGAAAGGCGCAUGCUGGGCGAGGUCAAGCACCCAUUCUUGAUCACGUUAUGGGGCACGUUUCAGGAUUCCAAGAACCUGUACAUGGUGAUGGACUUUGUUGAAGGUGGUGAACUCUUCUCGCUGCUGAGGAAAUCGGGGCGAUUUCCGAACCCCGUUGCGAAAUUCUACGCCGCCGAAGUCACGUUAGCGCUCGAGUACCUGCACUCGAGAAACAUCAUCUAUAGAGAUCUCAAGCCCGAGAACUUGCUGCUCGACCGGCAUGGACACCUUAAGAUAACAGAUUUUGGUUUCGCCAAGAGAGUGCCAGACAAGACAUGGACACUUUGCGGUACGCCAGACUACCUGGCUCCCGAAGUUGUCUCGAACAAGGGCUACAACAAAUCCGUGGAUUGGUGGUCUCUUGGUAUUUUGAUAUACGAGAUGUUGUGCGGGUACACACCGUUUUGGGACAGCGGGUCGCCAAUGAAGAUCUACGAAAACAUCCUCAAGGGCAAGGUGAAAUACCCGGCCUAUAUCAACCCCGACGCGCAGGACUUGUUGGAGAAGCUUAUCACGGCCGAUCUCACCAAGCGGUUGGGUAACCUAUACGGCGGUCCUGGCGAUGUGAAAAACCACCCUUGGUUCACCGAGGUUACCUGGGACAGGCUCGCGCGCAAGGACAUUGACGCGCCGUACACGCCCCCGGUCAAGGCCGGCGCCGGCGACGCGAGCCAAUUUGACCGAUACCCUGAGGAUCCCGAACGCUACGGCACAAACGGGCAUGACGAAUAUGGCCAUCUAUUCACCGACUUCUAA